UGACAGGCAAGAAUUUGUGGCGUUGAAUCUCGUAUAUUUUCUCUCAAUCACUUAAGCUAUGAGGUCCUCUACCAGCUUCGCUGCUGCGAUUGGGAUUCUUGCAGCGGCGCCUGCGCUUGCAGACAUUUGUCAAACACUGAAGGCUUCCGGCCGAAAUGUGGACAAGCCUUUCAGUCUCGCAUACGAAACCGAACAGAACAACUACUGGUCAACAGCAUGCGCAAGUCUUCGUCCGAGAUGCAUGCUCUCUCCGAACAGUACCCAAGAGGUGGCCGACAUUGUUGCAGCGCUGCAUGAGACCAAUGACCAAUUCGCUGUCAAGUCAGGAGGCCAUAUGCCCAACAAUGGUUUUGCCAGUAUUGCCAAUGGGAUUCUGAUCUCUACCCGAAACCUCGACCAGGUCGUAUACGACCCUGAUACUACAAACGUUGUUGUUGGUCCUGGUCUCAAAUGGGAGGAGAUCAUUGAGGGUAUUGAGCAGACCGGCCGCACUGUUGUCGGUGGGCGGAUGGGCGCCGUUGGAGUUGGAGGAUAUCUUCUUGGAGGGGGUCUCAGCUUCCUCAGUGCACAGUACGGAUGGGGGGCGAACAACGUUGUCAAUUAUGAGAUUGUCCUUGCAAACGCCACCAUUGUCAAUGCCAAUGCAACGGCAAACCAAGAUCUCUUCGCAUCCCUCAAGGGUGGUGGUAACAACUUCGGAAUCGUGACAGCGUUCACAAUCAAGACGCAUCCACAGGCACACAAAGUCUGGGGCGGAAACUACAUCAUCGAUGGUAGCAAGACUGACCAGGUGCUCGCCGCAAUCCGUGAUUUCACCGAAUAUAAUCUGGAUGAUAAAGCCGCAAUCAUCGCGACUUCAGAACGUAGCACCCUCCUCAACACCUGGAUCUUGUUUCUGUUCUACGAUGGUCUUGAGCCUCCGGCAGGAGUCUUCGAUAACUUCACGCACAUUGGACCCAUACUCAAGACAACUAAGACAAGGAGUUACCUUGAGCUCGUAAAGUUUAACGACCAAUUUAUCUUGGAGGGUCAGCGAUACGUUAUUGCCACAGAAACGAUGCCUCUCCCGAACAAGACUGAGGGUGCCGUAGUCAUGAGGUCGAUAUAUGACCACUGGACUGAUGUUACCAAGUCAAUCAUCUUGGAGCCAGGACUGCUCAGUUCGAUCGCUUUCCAGCCAAUGCCGCGUUCAAUCACGAGCAAGGCUAAGGCACUGGGAGGAGACUUGAUGGACUUUGAGACGACCCACGACUACAUCGUUAUCGAACUUGACUUCUCCUACCUCUUCGCAAGCUCCGACACUGCAGUUGACGCAGCGACCCAGAACUUGUACAGUGGCAUGCGCAACAUCGUUGACCAGCACGUGGAUAACGGACUUCUUCCUGAUAUAUACCGCCCAUUGUUCAUGAACGAUGCGUAUUUCAGAGAGGAUUACUGGGGUAGAUUGCGCACGGCCGAGAAGGCUCGCGUGGUCAGACACGCAGUUGAUCCUGAGGGAUUCUUCCAGACCAGAACUAGUGGAGGAUUCAGGUUGUCGUGAUUUUGAAAUGUAUAUAAUAGUGGAUAUCAUAAUGGAAACCGCACAUAGCGUACGUAUUACAUAUGGCAGCUAGAAUAUUUCCCGGGGGCGGAAGUUAUAUAAAUUUAUCAGCACGAAUCAAGCUGCC